AUGUAUAAACAGAAUAUAUAUCUCAAUAACGAUGGACAAUCUUCAACAGACAGUAUAGCACAUUCGAGUUACGCGCCAUCACCGCCUCAAUCCAACUCACCGCAGCAAAACACAACAACAACAGCACCAUCGUCACCAAAGAGGAAACUCAACCAACACUUGAAACAUCAUCGGAUCAACAACUUCUAUUCUUCGUCUCAAAUCAAUCCAAACUACUCGUCAACAAACUUGUCCAAGAUACAGCACCACAACAAUCAUGGAUCUCCACCCACGUUUUACUCCAAUUUCAAUGAAUCAACAACCUCAAUUGGUUCUGGUCAGUACCAGUUGGGCACACCGCCGGUAUUAGGUUCACAUAACUCCUCGUACACUUCGAUCAAGAGCUUGUUGCCGAUGACACCACCAGCUUCAGAAACAACGUCGCCAGAACCCAAGUACUUUGACCUGAAAAGGUCUCUGCCACAAGGCAGGAGCUUGGGACUGGUGUUGCAAAAGGUCAAAUCGUUGAUACCGCCUAUAAACUACACCAUCUGUUCAUUAUGUUUUAUCUGGUAUUUCUUCUCCAUUAUUUCGUCCAACUCGAUCAAGUUGAUUUUAACAAAGUACAGAUACCCAGUUACAGUCACGCAAUUACAAUUCCUCAUGAAUGCAGGGUUGAGUUUGGUUUUGUUGUUUAUUUCCAAGCACUACACCAAUGAAAGAAUUAUUCCUUCGAGUAUACUCCCACCCAAUAGGUCCAUAAGGCAGUUUGUCAUACCGACAAAAUUGAUUCUUUCCACCACUGUGCCGAUGGGAUGUUUCCAAUUUGUUGGUCACUUGACCAGUCACAAGGCAACUUCGGAUAUACCAGUGUCGCUUGUGCAUACCAUCAAAGCGUUGAGUCCAUUGGUGACUGUGCUUGUGUAUCGUUUCAUUUUUAACAGGCGCUAUAAAUUGAGAACCUACUUGACCUUGAUUCCACUUAGUGUUGGGAUUAUGAUGACUUGUUACAAACUGAAAAAGAAGUCAAUUCCAAGCACAACAGGGCAGGUUUCACCUCCAGCGAACAAUAGCUACCUGACUGGACUCAUUUUUGCCUUUAUAUCCAUGUUGAUUUUUGUCAGUCAAAAUAUGUUUGCAAAGAGUAAACUAACACCCAAUACUGUAACACCACAAGAAUCAAAAUCAAUUCCAAUUUCAAAAACUGGACCAAAGAAGUUGGACAAUUUGACCAUCAUCUUCUAUUGCUCAAUAGUGGGGUUCCUAUUCACGUGCCCAAUCUACAUCACCUCCGAAUUCUUCAACAAUACCUUCUCGUUGGCACAGUUGGACUCUACAAUAUUACUGUUGGUUGUUAUAAACGGGUUGGGUCAUUUUAUACAAACCGUUAUUGCAUUUCAAAUCUUGGGACUUUUAUCGCCAAUUGAUUACUCAAUUGCAAACAUUUUGAAAAGAAUAUUUAUUAUACUAAUGUCGUUCUUUUGGGAAGCAAAAAAUUUUACUCCGUUGCAAACGGCGGGAUUAUUCACUACCUUGGUUGGAUUGUAUAGUUACGAUAGGUGGGGAACUCAGCGUUGA